AUUAAAAUCUCAAUCUAAAGGGCAAUAGAAGUACGCAAUUGCUGGUUUUGCCUGAUACUAGUAUCUACGGGAGCUAAGACAAUCCUAUAUACGGAACUUAUAUUUUGAACAGGGAUGAGGCACAGAUACAUCACAGAAGUUGACUUGAUCUAGCUAAAUACACACGCGCAGUAGUUCGUCUACGCAGAUACGGCUUCUGUUUAUUCUGUAUACGUAGUCUCAAAGGCCACAUUGCUGAGCAAAUACCACAGCACAGUUCUGUUUGGUUACAAUCCUGUGCCGCUCCAGCUUAUAUACGAAGUCUUUCUGGAGGAUUCUUGUCCUUGUUGGCAACAAUGUUGACGACAAUGUUGACGACAAUGGCGACCGUCCUGCCACACUUGCUCCUGCUAACCUUUGCCCCCAUGGUAAGCCUGGCCUGUCCACACGGGUGCCAGUGCUACAGCGACGUGCCCUCGGUCCACUGUUACUACCUGGGGAUCACGGCUGUGCCCUCGGGCUUCCCUCCCAACACCACACUCCUCGCCAUCCGCCACUGUAACAUCACCGCCCUGCGCAGGGGUGACUUCAGCGGCAUGCCUCUAUUGGCGACUUUGUACCUCGACUGGAACAACAUAUCCACUAUUGAGCCGGGGACUUUCGACGGGUUAUUCCACCUGCAAUCCUUGGCCAUCGGCGGAAACCGUGUCGCUAAGCUCCCCCCAGGUCUCUUCAAGGACAACAAGCUGACAGAUUUUGACGGGUCUGACAACCGUAUCGAGGCUAUCCCGUCUGGUGUGUUCACCAAUCACUCCAGCCUAACAAGUCUGAUUCUGAACGGAAACCGCAUCAGUAUGCUCGGCGAUGAUGCCUUCGCAGGACUGCCGCAACUUGUGGAGAUCCAGAUUAACGACAAUCUCAUCUCUCGUCUCCCUGCUGAUGCUUUAAAGGGUGCUUCCAAGCUCUGGACUCUCUCAAUGCCCAGGAACGCCAUAACAAAAAUAGAACAAGGUGCUUUAUCGGACUGUACCUCUUUGUACAACCUUGAUCUGAGCGGCAACCAACUUACGACUCUAGAAGGAUCUUUGAAGGGUCUCUCAAAUUUAAAUUCUUUGUGGGUUUCCGGAAAUCGUGUUCUCGAGAUAACCAACAGCACUCUGACCAGUCUGACUUCUCUCCGUGACUGUUGGCUGGACAACAACAGGAUCAGGAAAAUAGAAAGCGGUGCUUUCAAGGGGAUGGGGAACCUGAACAAUUUCUACCUCGGUAACAACGACCUCGAAGAGAUGCCUCUGAACGAACUCGUAGGUGUUCUUAAACUUGACCUAGCGAACAACAGACUACAGAGUCCACCCUUGAACAUGACCGCCGCGCCAAACCUUGCAAUAUUGAUGCUUUCGGGCAACCCCAUUAAAAUCAUGGCAUCGUCACAGUUUGCAAGUCUCAAAAGUAUAUUUGAAGUUGAUCUGGACAACGUGACGGCAGUGCGAGAAGACACAAUAAACCCCUGGGCCUUGUGUGGCGCUCCAACUUUACAGUCUGUGUCGUUGAACCACAACAACAUCACAUCGUUCCCUGUCGAUCUUCUGACAUGUGCAGCAAAUCUAACAUAUCUUAGUUUGUCCGGCAACAAGAUGGCAAACUUCAGAAAGGAUGUCUUUUACAACUUACGGAACAUAGUUCAACUGGAUCUUACAGGCAACAGAAUCACGAACAUUUCUACAUUGUCGGUAGCGCUGGAGUCCAUCACGUUCCUAGACUAUUUGACCUUAACCAGUAACCCUGUAGUCUAUCUUCCAAAACACGCAUUUCCAGCCUUUAUACAGACAGACAACGUCGAUCUCAACGACAUGAAGCUUCGCGCAGUUGACAAGGAUGCGUUUGAAUGGAUGGGAAAACUUCAGUCUAUCAAUAUGGCCAAGAACAGGCUCCGAUUCAUACCAGGGAAGCUUUUCGCAAACAUCAGUGUUGAGAAAGUCAACCUGGAGGGCAACCCGUGGUACUGUGACUGUCAGAUGUACGAGUUUGCACAGUGGAUGAAAACCAACAACAUGUCGGAAAAGUUUGAUGUAGUCUGUGACGGACCUGAGACGCUUAAUGGAACCUACUUGUCUGACAUUCCACUUAAGAACCUGACAUGUGACUGUGUUCACUAUCAGGCACCAACUAUCAACACCACAGGGAGCGACACUGUUGUUGUGGCUGGCCAUGACGCACGGCUUGUGUGUAACGUCACAGGUUGUCCCGAAGCAGCUGUCAUCUGGACCACUCCGCUAGGCGACGCUUUCUCAGAGGAUUCGGACGAUCCUCGUUUCUCCGUUUUGUCUGACGGUGGACUGGAGAUUCACGAAGCAAAGACCAUUGAUGCCGGCAUGUACAUAUGUACAGCGAUAAACUACAUCGGAAGUAGUCAAGAAAUCGUUGUUCUCGGGGUUACUGGUUAACUUCAACGCCAAGUAGGACUGUCAGUGCAUCGAUUAAGGUUAGACAUCCAGGUAGUAAGAUGCGCCAAACAGCAGAUACUAAGCAGCUGGACAUGAUUUUGGACACGGUCAGACGGUUCAGACAGGCAUCCAUUUCGUCAGUGACGUCAAAACUAUUAGUGUUUCACAUUGCAGAUCUUUAAUUAACUCCGGGAAGCAGAUCUAGAGGUUUUGUAUGUUUGUGAUGGUGCAUUGUGGUCGCACUAGGGGUGUGUACCGGUACGAAAAAAGGAACUACAAAAAAUCAGUUGACCGUAUCUUGACCAAUGAUUAUAUGGCAGGCGUUCACACGUUUUGGAGCUUAACGCUCUAAGAAAAUAACAAAAACGAAGCAGAGUAGAGUUGAUAGUCAUUUCUACCAAGUUUCUAAAGUCAAACUAAG